GGCUUCUUUAAUCGAAGAUAUCAUCGUGACAUCACUUUGGAAGCAUUGGCUCGAGAGGCGAUAGCUUUCAAACACACAUUGUCCAUCAUGGCUUCUGGAGAAUUGGACCCCGCUGCGGUUGCAUCAUUUCGCGCUCAUCUCUCUCAGUCCAACCGCGUCGUUGCAGUCAUAGGAGCUGGUCUUUCUGCUUCUAGCGGCUUGUCUACCUUUCGGGAUGCCAAUGGCUUGUGGUGCAACUACGAUGUACACCUCAUCGCAUCACCGGCAGGAUGGCGUCGGGAUCCAGGGCUGGUUUGGCAGUUCUACUCAGAUCGUCGGCGCACUGCAUUGCAGGCCGAACCGAACCCGGCCCACUACGCUCUGGUCGAGCUUGCAAAGAGAAAACCGGGAUUUGUCGCGCUGAGCCAAAAUGUCGACGGACUAUUGCAGCGCGCUGGGAUGAGCGAUGGCCAUAGCGAAGACGCUGAGGACGCACAGUUGAAGCUGCUACAUGGCAACCUUUUCAAUCUCAAAUGUGCAGGCAGCUGUGGAUACGCGACUCAAAGCUUCGAAGACCCUUUGUGCCCUGUCUUAAGCGAGGAUCACGCCAAAAACAGGGCAAACGUGAUGGGCGCUGGGGUAAAAAGUGGAGAGAAGCCACCGAAAGCGAGUGCGCUUCUUUUUGAAGCUAUCGCAGCGAAGAACAAGAAAAUACUCGGCGAGCGCUUCGAGAAGAGCGAACCCAGUACUGCCGAUGCGGCACCAUUGAAGGAGCUUGGGGAGAAUGUCCCGAAGAAACCCGACGUGGCACCAGUGUUGCACUCCGGAAUUCAGACAAGCGACUUGCCCCAGUGCCCAGGAUGUAGAAACAACAUGUUACGUCCUGAUGUGGUAUGGUUCGGGGAAGCCCUCGCGCAAGAUACUGUGGAACAGGUUGAUGCGUGGUUCGAGGAAGAUGAGGUGGAUCUGUGCCUUGUGAUAGGCACCUCGGGGUUGGUUUGGCCAGCUGCUGGAUAUUCCGAGCAGGCUCGGAAGAAAGGUGCAAGGGUAGCUUAUGUGAACAUGAAUCUUGAAGAUAUCAAGAAUAGGAGGGAGGGAGAUUGGACAUUCAUUGGCGAUGCUGCGAUUAUUCUACCAAUAAUUUUGGGGCGUUAA